CUAAUGAAAGACAUGCUACAGUAAAUACUAACAACUCCAGCCUACAUUUAAAUGAUAAACACGUGUACACACAUGAGCUCCCGGGCGUUCAUCCACACUGCCAUCCAGCAUGGCCGACUGGUUUGAUAAGUUCCUGAGAAGCGUAUGGACUAUUCGCUCCUUCAUAUUUAUUUUCAUCGCUUUCCUGGCGCCUAUUGGAUUUCUCCUCAAUGGGUCACUGGAGUCAAGAUGUGCAUACGUCAUGGUUUCCAUGGCAAUCCUUUGGUUGACGGAAGCGUUACCAAUAACUGUCACUGCAAUGAUGCCGAUGUUCUUGCUUCCCCUACUCACAGUUCAACCAGGCAAAGUAGUCUGUGGAAACUACUUCAAUGAUGCCAGUAUGCUGUUUCUAGGGGGCCUCCUGGUGGGCGUUGCUAUGGAGGAGGUCAAUAUACACAGACGUAUAGCUAUGGGCAUCACAAUGUCAUUGGGAGCACGUGCUAAUACAUUGAUGCUGGGUUUGAUGCUGCCUACAUGGUUCCUGUCUAUGUGGAUAAGUAAUACGGCGGCGACCGCCAUGAUGCUUCCCAUUCUGAGUGCCGUAUCGGAACAAACGGCGGCACACAUGUCGGAGAAGGAGAACAAGAGGAUCAGUAAGGGACUGGCUCUCAGUGUGGCAUAUGCAGCUAAUGUGGGCGGCAUUGCCACACUAACGGGGACGCCGCCAAAUCUUGUACUCCACGGACAGGCAGACAAACGGUACCAGGCAUUUGGAGCUGCAGACUCAGGAAUAACUUAUGCCAACUGGAUGGGGUUUGCCUUCCCUCUGUCUCUGGUCAUGCUGUUCCUCACUUGGUUCUGGCUGCAGAUCGUCUUCCUUAGAUGUGGUUGCUUCAAGUCGGUUAAUGAAGGCAGAAAACAAGCAAUACGAUCGGCGGUUCACCAGGAGUAUAAGAAACUUGGAGCCAUCAAGUUUGGCGAAGUGGUGGUCAUGGUGUUGUUUGUAAUACUAACGAUGCUGUGGAUUUUCCGGGACUUGCCAGAUAUCGGAGGAUGGGGUAGCGGUUUCUUAGAUACAGACGGUAAGAGUAUGGUGCGUGAUUCCACAGCCGUCAUGUUGAUAGCCACGCUGAUGUUUGUAUUACCGUCCGAGAUGCCCAGUGUCUUCUGCUGGGACAGGUAUCCGGUCGUGCAGGUCGCUCAGGAGGAACCAGUUCGUUCCAACUACAAACCAAUUCUGACUUGGAAGGUUGCGGAGAAGAAAGUGGCGUGGGGUGUUCUAGUUCUCAUUGGUGGAGGGUUCGCUCUUGGAGACGCUUGCACCAGUUCUGGGCUGUCAAGAUUGGUUGGAUGUGAACUUGGAGUUCUAAGAUCCCUUGAGCCUUGGGUGAUGAACCUGAUUCUAUGUCUAACAGUUGCGGGCGCCACAGAGAUCACAAGUAAUACCGCCACCGCUUCCCUACUCAUGCCAAUCAUGUUUGAACUGGCCAUCACUGUAGGUAUACAUCCGCUGUAUUUGAUGAUAUCUACAGCCUUAGCAUGUUCCUUCGCCUUUAUGUUACCAGUAGCCACGCCUCCUAACGCCAUUGUGUUUUCUACGGGAUAUGUAACCAUUCCAGACAUGGCACUAACGGGACUCGUGAUGAAUGCACUGGCUGUUUUGGUAUUGACUGGGGCCAUCAACACUUGGGGGACUGCCAUAUUUGACCUUCGAACAACACCUGAUAUUUUCAUCAAUUCCACAAUAGCAUCAUCUUGUUCUGGGAUGCAAACAAAUCAUUUGAUGAAUCGGACACUGACAAAUCUGACUUCAAAUGCAUAAAAAAUUGAAAUCUUCAAAUGUUCAUAUACAAGUGUCUUUGGAUUAACGCUUCAUCUUCCGUUUCCAUAGAAAAUGCCCAUGGAUUAUGAGUUUUCUUUGUUGCAAAAGACGCCUUAGUCAUGGACCAUUGUAAUGGCAGAUAUGAUGCGAUUCAAAACAUUAAUGUUAGGCAUUAUAUGCGAUAGUAACAUUUUAUAUGGAUGAUGACAAAAUAUAAACACGAUAUAGUGUGUCCCAAUAGCAUGAUACAGUGAAAUAUCAUUUGUGGAAUUAGAUGCUCAGACGCGUACUGUCUGAGUAGCUCAACUUGCAUUUCUUAUUCAAAUCAUAUAAUUGUAGCAUUCAUGUCCAUCUUUUGUACUAAUUUAUAAUAAAGAAGGGAUUUCGACAGUUCCGAUUGUAUGUCCCUGAGGAAAAAACUCCCAAGAGUAGGUUUGGACCGCGUUGCAAUUCCAAGUAACAUAUACAUGUAUGUGUCCGUCUAUUAGGCAAUCAAAUAAAAAUCGAAUUAAAAACAUUCUCUUCACCAG